CCAAGCUGCAGCUGUUAGUGGAUUGACAGCUCAGAGUGGUGGAGCGGCGCGGCUUCAUCUUGGAAAUGUCCCUCCCUUGUUAACGCGCACCCAAGAUUCCCUGGCUCUUCAUUCAACAGGACCCACGUCCUAACAGCACCCCACACAGAAAACAAGAUGACGACCCGGUCAGAGAGAGAAAAAGCCCAGAAACUGAACGAGCAGCAUCAGGCUAUUCUCACCAAACUGCUGAAAGAGGAGAACAACAAGUACUGUGCAGACUGUGAGGCUAAAGGUCCUCGAUGGGCAUCAUGGAACCUGGGCGUGUUCAUGUGUAUCCGCUGUGCUGGAAUCCAUCGGAACCUUGGAGUCCACAUCUCCAGAGUCAAAUCUGUCAAUCUGGACCAGUGGACACCUGAGCAGAUUCAGAGUAUGGUGGACAUGGGCAACACCAGAGCUCGCCAGCUGUACGAAGCCCACCUACCAGAGAACUUCAGGAGGCCGCAGACGGAUCAAGCUGUUGAAGUGUUCAUCCGCGACAAAUAUGAGAGGAAGAAGUACUACGACCAGGAGGCCCUGGCUGCAGCUUCAAAAGCUGAAGCGACCGCUCCUUCCACCUCGCCGUCCUCCCAGGCUGACAAGACCAGAUCAGAGAAAGAGCGUGACAGGAAAAAAGAGGAAAAGAAGAAAGAAAAAGAUGCUGACAAAGUGGAAAGGCACAACAACUCUAAGCCAGAGUGCAAAUCCAGCCCAAAGAAAAGCCCCGAGCCGGCUGUAGACCUGCUAGGCCUGGAUGCUCCAGAGGGAGAAGGAAAAGGCUCUGAUCGAACGGCACCUGUCGGCAAAGAACUGGAUCUGUUUGGACCAAUGGUUUCCAAUCCUCUGCCCCCCAGUAACACAAAGCAUGAUCAGUCUGGUUGCAGUGCAGAACCUUCCCAGGCAGAGCCCACCUCCUCCUCCUCCACCACCACAACUGCUGCCCCUAAGGUGGAGGAGAAGAAGCUUUUAUCUAAGGACUCCAUCCUGUCUCUGUAUGGCAGCAGCUCAGUGGGCAAUCAGCCACAGAGCCAACAACAGCCUGCUACAGGACCAGGGGCAUACAUGAGCCAGCCUCAGAUGCAGUUCAAUCCACAGAGCUUCUCCCCAGCUGUGGCUGGAGGCAUCCCACCCACAACCAUGAUGGGUGGAGGGCCGGUGAUGUCUGGCAUGACUCUAUCCAAUGGCAGCUACAUGGUGAAUAUGUGCAGUACGCAGCCAGGCCAGCAGCAGCAGCAGGGCCAGUGGAAUAUGAGCCAGCAGACGUCCAGCAUGGCUUUGGGUGGUGGAGGAGUGGCGGCAGGCGCUCCUGCCACCAGUUGGUCCACAUCGCCAGCACCAGCCUCGGGCCAGACCCUCAGCACUCAGCUGUGGAAAUAGCAGGAAGUGAUUGCAGAGGAUAUAGGGGGGUCCUACAUGGGGGGGGGGCAGUCUGCCUCCAGACAACCUGACUGAUUUACUCUCCUGAUGCACAUCAUUGCUUUAAUGACAUUAAGAAUCAAUCAAUGCCCUAAAAGGAAAAGAAAGAUCGGCAGCUGUGUGUUCCUCAUUUUCAAAAUGUCCCCCCUCUGAUCUCUCUCCUUUUGUUGGUAUCGUCUGGAAAAAAAACAACAAAAGAGAAUAACAAGCAGGAAGCUGCUAUGUCAACACUAACAUAAGCCUUUAUCGGUAUAGAUAUGUAGAGUUAGUGAAUCGUGGUUAAGUACCUACAGUAGAUAUGGAUAUCUUGUUGGUCUAUGCUACCCACCUGACCCUUUCCUCUAGCGUGUAUAUUAACCCAUCCCUUAUCUCCACUGACCCUCUCUGUAGAGGUAACAAAAGCACAUAGCAGAUACUUGUCUGACCAGUACUGUACCUCUACAAACACGAUUGUUUUCUUUCAUUCAUCAGGGUAAAUUAAAGAUAUAACUUUGCAAACAUUGCGAAAGAUUUGAAGAAUUAUCUCAAUAUAAAAAGCCUCUAAAAUAUUGAAGAGAAGCAGUUUUAGUUUGAAGGAAACUGCUUAAUUAAACAUUUCAGCACAUAGUAGAAAAAAAACAGAAUUGGGAAAUAUUAACAGUUUGGCUCAUAAAAAUUAUGUUUCAUUUUUAUGUUAACGACUGCCAGAAAAACCACUUUACAUAUAUAUCUAUGAGCUUUAUUGAUCGCAUACAGAUGGUAGAACAGAACUCAUUUAGAUCUGCUUGAUAUAAAAGAGAAAUUCUUGACCAUAAUGAGCAAAGAAACAGCUAAGAUCUGCUAAUUAAUAACUGCUUAAUUAACUGACCAUCAGUGAGACCAAAUGCAUUGUCAGGGAGAAAGUGUCUUUAGAAGAUCUAUUGUUGCCACCAGUUAAUCUCCGACCGGUUGUAAGAUAUUUUUACACAAUCCACAGGGAAAAAUCUUUUAAAAGUAGUAGAAAUUAAAAUGAAAGCUGAUUAUUUAUCCAGAUGUGUAGAGCGAAGAUUCACCUUAAAACCAGACUGUGCAGAGCUGAAACCAAGAGGAGCGUCCCAGUCUUUGUUGGCAUUGCAUACCUUUUGAUAUGUUUAAACUCUAGGUAAUAGCAGGCAAAAAAGACAGCUAGAUUGGAAAGGAUUAAAAGGGCGGAACAGAUUACAAAUUUCCACCUUAAUUAACUAUAUCAGCCCCUCUCAGAUCACCCUCUACUUCUAUAACCUAAGAAUACUCUUAUUUGAAGUCAAUC